UACACGAUGGAAGUUCGUACCGGUCGGUCGUGUGUCGGACCACGUCGCGAGUGAUGUCGCAGCAUGAGUGCUGCGCGUGCCUUCUUGUGGUGCCUCCUCUUGUGCGCAGGAGCGGGCCUCGGCCUCGGCGCCGAGCGUCGCCAUCGCAACAACCACGUCAGCCACGCCGGAUCCCGACAUAAACAUUCCGAGUUCGUUAAAGGAAAGAUAUGCAUCGGAACAAAUGGACGGAUGUCGGUGCCAUCGAAUCGCGACACCCACUACAGGAAUCUUCGCGAUCGCUUCACGAACUGUACCUACGUCGACGGUAACCUCGAGCUGACAUGGCUGCAAAACGACACAAUGGACUUGUCUUUCUUGAAAUACAUAAGAGAAGUCACCGGAUACGUCCUUAUAUCGUAUGUGAACGUGCGACAGAUUAUCCUGCCGCAAUUGCAGAUCAUUCGAGGCAGAACACUAUUCAAAUUAAAUGUGAGAGAUGAAGAGUUCGCCCUCAUUGUGACCAUGUCAUCGGCUUUCACCUUAGAACUGCCGGCGCUUCGUGACGUCCUCCGAGGAAGCGUGGGCAUCUAUAACAACUACAAUCUCUGCCACGUCAAAACGAUAAACUGGGAGGAAAUAAUAACUGGUCCUAAUGCGACUUAUGUUUAUGUUUACGAUUUUCAAACACCAGAACGCGUCUGCUCCCGAUGCCACCCAUCUUGUGAAGGAGGAUGCUGGGGAGAAGGUCCUGAAAACUGUCAAAAGUUCUCAAAAACCAUUUGCAGUCCUCAGUGUGACCAAGGUCGAUGUUUUGGCAAGAACCCUAGGGACUGUUGUAACACAUUUUGCGCCGGCGGAUGCACCGGUCCGCUACCAACGCAAUGUCUUGCCUGCCGAAAUUUCUACGAUGAAGGCACUUGCUCUCAGGAAUGUCCGCCGAUGCAAAUAUAUAACCCAACUACGUAUUCCUGGGAGCCCAACCCGAACGGGAAAUACGCUUACGGUGCGACAUGUGUCCGAAAUUGUCCCGAGCAUCUCCUGAAAGACAACGGAGCCUGCGUUAGAAGCUGCCCACCGAACAAGACUGCUGUCAAUGGUGAAUGCAAACCAUGCAAUGUAACAUGUCCGAAAACAUGCCGAGCUGAGAAACCUAUACAUUCCGGAAAUAUAAAGAGUUUUAGAGACUGCACUAUAAUAGAUGGAUCUAUAGAAAUUCUCGAAAUGACUUUCACUGGAUUUCAACACGUAAACUCAGAUUAUUCAUUUGGUGAGAGAUAUCCUAAGAUGGAUCCAGACAUGUUAGAAGUGUUUAGCACGGUGCGUGAGGUAACUGGAUAUUUGAAUGUGCAAGCUCUGCAUCCAAAUUUUACUAGUCUUUCUUAUUUCCGAAAUCUGGAAGUAAUUGGCGGACGACAAGUUGUGGAAAACCUUUUCGCCUCUUUGUAUAUCGUCAAAACAUCUCUCAAGUCCUUGGGACUUAAGUCGCUGAAAAAAGUGAACUCUGGUGCUAUAGCAAUAAUGGAAAACAAAGAUCUGUGCUUUGCCGAUAAAAUAGCCUGGAAUAAAUUAGUGAAAUCGAAAGACCAUAAACAAAUCAUUCAAAACAACGGAGACGAAAAGACGUGUGAACAUUUGGUGUGCGAUCCGCAAUGCUCCGCCGACGGAUGCUGGGGCCCCGGCUCCGACCAGUGCCUUUCAUGCCAAAACUUCAAAUUCGGAGAAAUGUGCAUACAAAACUGUAGCAUUAUACCAGGCUUAUACAAAGCCGGACCGAAGACUUGCGAGAAAUGUCAUUCAGAGUGUCUUGGCGGAUGCACGGGUCCCAGUCAUGCCAACUGCACAGAAUGUAAACAUGUACGGGAUGGACCUUUCUGCGUUGAAAAAUGUCCGAUAUCCAGAUAUCCUUCGACAAACGGCACCUGUAUGCCAUGCCACGAAAACUGCAAUAGAGACAAGGGCUGCACAGGCCCUUUGAACACUGUUGGCGAAGGUGGAUGCAAUUAUUGCAGGAAAGCAAUAAUUACUGUUGAAGCAACAGUAGAACGCUGCCUCAAAGAGAACGAAACAUGUCCGGAUGGUUACUACAACGAAUGGGUAGGAAAUGUCAAGCCGCUGGAUGAACAGGUGAACAUUGGUUGCCGAAAGUGCCAUCCACUCUGUCGACAAUGCACAGGGUUUGGAAUCCACACUCACAUGUGCACUGUAUGCAAAGGAUAUAGGAGAGGAGAUCAGUGCGAGGAAGAAUGUCCAGGAGAUCACUUUACCGACGAAGUAGCCAGAACUUGCACACCGUGUCACCAAGAAUGCCGCGGUUGCAUCGGACCCUCUUCAACAGAUUGUGUGAAGUGUAAAAAUCUAAAAAUAUUCCUCAAUGAAGACAAUUCUGUUGAUUCCAACACUUCUUUCAAUUGUACGGAUGUGUGCCCAGAAAAUAAGCCUCAUAAAAUAUAUUUCGAUGAAUUAUUACAAGACCCAAUUGACGAACCUUAUUGCUCUGAAUCAGCUAACGAUUUGCCUUCGAUGACUACCGCAAAAACGCCAACUGUUUUGGUAAUUAUAUUAGUGAUUGCAUUUGUUCUACUAGUUACUCUGGGAAUAAUCGGCUACACAUGUAGACAGAAAGCGAAAGCUAAAAAAGAAGCAGUAAAAAUGACAAUGGUCCUUACAGGAUGCGAGGAUAAUGAGCCUCUUCGGCCAACAAAUGUAAAGCCAAAUCUAGCCAAGCUGCGAAUCGUAAAAGAAGGUGAGCUUCGAAGAGGAGGCAUGUUAGGAUUCGGUGCUUUUGGAAAAGUGUAUAAAGGGGUUUGGGUUCCAGAAGGUGAGAAUGUUAAGAUUCCGGUUGCUAUCAAAGUGCUGAAAGAAGGUACAGGUGCCAAUACCAGUAAAGAGUUCCUAGAAGAGGCGUACAUAAUGGCAAGUGUCGAGCAUCCUAAUUUACUUCAGUUACUGGCUGUUUGUAUGACGAAUCAGAUGAUGUUGAUCACUCAGUUGAUGCCACUCGGAUGCUUGCUGGAUUACGUCAGAACACAUAAAGAAAAAAUUGGUUCGAAAGCCUUUUUGAACUGGUGCACUCAAAUAGCCCGCGGAAUGGCGUACUUAGAAGAAAAGAGACUGGUGCACAGAGAUUUAGCAGCUAGAAAUGUUUUAGUACAAACUCCGAACUGUGUGAAGAUAACAGAUUUCGGUUUAGCGAAAUUGCUAGAUAUAAAUGAGGAUGAAUACAAAGCAGCAGGAGGAAAGAUGCCUAUAAAGUGGCUUGCCCUGGAGUGCAUACAGCAUAGGAUAUUUACGCACAAGAGCGAUGUUUGGGCGUUCGGUGUGACUAUUUGGGAAAUAUUAAGUUAUGGUGCACGACCGUACGAAAAUAUUUCUGCAAGAAAUGUACCGGAGUUGAUUGAAAACGGACUGAAGCUGCCUCAGCCUAGCAUCUGCACCCUGGACAUUUACUGCACAAUGGUCUCAUGUUGGAUGCUGGACGCAGAUAGCCGGCCCACAUUCAAAGAAUUGACGGACACGUUCGCUGAAAUGGCGAGAGACCCUGGAAGAUACCUCGUCAUACCUGGUGACAAGUUUAUGCGCUUGCCAUCCUACUCUACACAGGAUGAAAAGGAAAUGAUACGAAAUCUUUCGUCGGCGAUGGAAGGUCCAGAAUCGUUGGUAGAAGCCGACGAAUACUUGCAGCCUAAAUUCAAAACAGUGCCAGGCACUGUCACCUCAAAUUCCGCCAUGAGCGCCGGAGUAGAAACUCAAACCAGUUCCCUCAAGCCGUGCACGUCCUCUUCCUGGGCCAACAAUGUCACCGGCCCCGAGUGCCUCACUUCGGACGGCUCCAAUAGACCCGAGACGUGGGAUCAAGAGCUCCUCAGAUAUAACCAUCAAAUCAAUCCUGAUGGACCUGAAUUGAGGCAUUAUUAUAAUAAUGGGGUCUGCGCUUCAGAUAGCUCCAGUUCCAGAUACUGUAGUGACCCCAUGAAGACGCGGCCAGAUGGCUCUAUAGACGGCAAUUUCGACAGCAUGUCGAAAACAAAAGAAGCUCAAGUCGGAAACUUGAAGUUGAAUUUGCCACUGGACGAGGACGAUUACUUGAUGCCAUCGCCGCAACACAACCAGAACGCUUCAGCGUAUAUGGAUUUGAUAGGCGAGGGCGGCGAGGGCCAGGACGUGAAAGAGAUUCGGUACAACAGCUUCGUGGGUCCGAAGCGGUGCGUUGACAACCCUGAGUACUUGAUGUCGGACGAGAGCGUGCCGGCGCAGACUCUGGGGAUUCCGACGGAGCCGCUGCCGCUGGAGUCGCUGUGCGUGAGCGAGGGCAGUGGCGACGGCGCGCCGCGGCCCGGCACCAGCAAGUACCUGCCGCAGCGCUCGGUGGAGGAGGAGUCCAUGUCGGACCACGAGUACUACAACGACCUGCAGCGCGAGCUCCAGCCUCUCCGCAGAAACGAGACCACAGUGUGACGCUCGCGCGGUGACUUUCGCUUUUCGAUGACUUUUUUACUUAAUAGUGCGCGCCGCGCCCCUCGUGCCAUUCAACCGAUGGCUAGUGUUAGCUUGUUGAUAAAUUUCGACUAAGAAUUUUAUUUCAGUUAUAAUAAACGACUUGUUAUCUUUUUCUACUUAAAUUUUGUAAAGGAACUGUUACGAUAUAGUAAUUUGUAAAAAUAUUUCAAUGCAUCAGUUUGUCUGACGCACUUAACAAAUUAUAAGUUAUUUAUUAAUUUAGAAUAAGGAUGGCUAUGUUUACGUUUCUCGGAUGCUAUAGCGUUAAGAAAUAGCGAUGCAGUAGUUUCGAGUGUUAAUUUAAUGUUAAACUGUGAUAAUUAGAUUAAUUACAAUAUAAUGGGACCAGUGAAAUAAUUAAGUGCAGGCCAAAACAGAAACUUUCGUUAAAAAGUGAAUGAAAGAAAAUAUUGCCUUUAUUACGUCUACAUUCCUCUAUGCUGUAUACUUGUUCCCAUAAAGGAAUGUAGAUAUAAUUACUAUAGAUACUAUGCAUAUUUUAAGAAAUUUUAUUAUUCUAUAUUUUCUUUAAUAUUCUUCCUGUAUGUAUUUCCACAGAUACAUUCCUAAACAAUGGCUUAUUAUUUAAAUCUUGCCAAGGAUGGGACCACUGGGAACCAACGCAGCUGGCCAACUUGCUCUGUAAACUUGCCUAAAUCUACCAUUAGAUUCUGUAUUAUAGUAUGUAAAUAUUGUCUAUAUGUUGACAAAGUUUUAUACAUAUUUAUAGCAAGCACACAAAAGACAUUAAUUUUAAGAUUUCGAGCUGUCAUUAGCACAAAACGAGCUCAAAUAUUUCCAGCCGAAAUGCAAUUUUAAUUUUAAUUUAAUAUUAUUUAGAUAAGUGUUUUUGUUAGACCAAUGCCAUUAACUUGUAAAUAUAUAUCUAUCCAACUGUACAUAUUUUAUAAUAGUAUCUGCGUGUCUGGAGGAUCAAGUUUAGAAUUCGUUAAUUACCAAUAAUUUGAUUUGUAAAAGAAAUACAAUAUUUUGUCGAAAACAAUAGAAUAUGUUGAAAUAAAAUUGACAAACAAAAAAUAGUUUACUUACUUUUAUCUACAGACUAUAUGUAAACUUAAAUUUUAAUAUUAUCUUUAUACUAUUCCCUAAAAUUACGCAGGUAACAUUAAAAUUCCAAGCAUGGUCCUUCGGAUCAUACAGACACACAAUAUAUUUUUUAUUAAAAGUUUUUGUAUGUCGUAGUUGCUACGGACAUAUUGAACGCCAAUGUAAUUUUUGUUUUCCUUUUAUUAAUAAAUAUUAUGAAAUCCGUGCUAAUGCUAAAUUUAAUUGUGCCAUUACAAAUAAAAUAGGAUACAAUAUAAACUAUAACGUAUUGGAUACGAAUAUGUUUACGAUAAGGAAAGUAAACUGCAUUAUAUAUAUUAUAUAUAGCAGUGAAUUAAUGUUCAGAAAGCCUAUGCAAGGAUUUUUAUAAUAUACUUACUUUUUGUUUAUAAGUUUUCUUCUAAAGCUGAAGUUUUAUCAAAGGAAAAUUAAUGAAAUUUUACAUGAAAAAAACAUGUUAUGAUUAAAUAUCCUUAUCUUUAACUCGGAAUUUAAUUUAGUACAUUUAUUAUAUAUAUACUUAUAUAUUAAUCGAAAAUAAUUAUGAUUAAUCCCGAUCAUAUAUAUUGCUUAGGGUUCCGACAUAUACCUCAAAAGCAAAUAACAGAAUCCUUGUAGAAUUAUUUUAUUGUAAUUUUUCCGAGAACAACGUCAAGGUAUCUAUUUGCAAAUAUAUAUAUAUAUAU